AUGAUGGGUUGCUUGAGCGGUAUAGCAAGAUAUAUUCUCUUUUUAUUCAACUUUCUCAUCCUGGCUGCAGCAGCAGGGUUGAUAGCAGUAGGUGUAUUAUAUAAAGUAAAUAAUGUGGGAUUAGACGUACUAUCUGUCAGUACAUACACUAUUGUAGUAGGUGUCGUAAUUGCACUCAUCGCCUUUUUUGGAUGCUGUGGAGCGAUAAAAGAAAGUAGAUGCCUGCUAUCAACGUAUGCCUACGUGAUGGUUACGAUAUUCAUUCUCCAAGUAGUACUGAUAGUACUAGCUUUCCUUGCAAUGAAAAAUGGUAAUUUAGAAUUGGAUGAGGAGGUGAAAACAUAUCUGACAAAAAUAUAUGAAAAUAUAUUCACCAGUCCUGAAGAAGCUGACAUUGUGAAUACACUUCAACGUUAUUUCGAAUGUUGUGGAAUUGAUAAUAGCUACACAUUGGUCACAAAUGCCACUAGUGGAUUACUCAUAGAAAGCUGCUUUUCAGAUACAGAUACACAACAGAAAGUGAUGUAUAUUAAGAACUGUGUCAACGAACUCCGUGAUUUCAUCAUGAAUAAUGCCAAAAUAAUUGGGGGAAUCGCUAUUGGUGUUGCUUUAGUUGAACUCGUAGCAGCUAUUUUUUCAUUCUGUGUGAAGGACAACAUCAGCAGACAACACGAAUUUGUAUGA